AUGAGGUCCAGCUAUGCUCUCCUGCUACUUACUCUGUUGGUUAUCUGCCACACCAACCAUGCAGCCAUCUUCGAUCCUGAAGAUCUGAGUUGCAGUUGUAAAAAAGUAACAUCCAAUUUCAUCCAUCCCUCAAAAUACGCAUCCGUAAGAAUCACUCUACCUGGAAUCUAUUGCCGAAGGACUGAAAUCAUAAUCACACUGAAGUCACGAAAGGUUGUCUGUGUCAAUCCUGAAGCUAAGUGGGUGAAGACAAGGCUGACAAUAAUGUACGUGCAAAUAUAA